UCUUAUCUUCAAAAUGCCGAAGAAUUGAUUAAUCGUUUUAAAAUAACUCUGUUGUGUUGUCCAUUGCCUGGAGGAGGAAGAAGAUAUGAGAAAAUUCGAAGGAAUAUAAAAACGCGUUCACUGUAGCAUUCAAAUACCAAUCCGAACUGAACGACCUGCUUUGAACGCAAAACAAACGCCAAUCGUUCAUUGACAGAGAAGGAAGACGCAGAGAUUCAAGCUGUUGAAAUGAAGGUUGUGUAGAUAUAGAGUGGAGCCUUUUGACUUCACUGGGCACACCCGGCGUAAGACGUCUAGGAUAAUGUUCUUUUAAUUUAUGAAUACGCGUUGAACUUUCAGCUAUCCCCAAGGGAGCCAAGCCACUCAUUCUUUCUUCUCAAGCUAAUCCAUCUUUACCAUUACUCGUAAUUUACACGUCCACGAGUUGUUGGAGGGUUCUUGAAUUGCGUAUUAAUUCAAGCCAAGUCAUUCUUUCUUUGAAUUGGAUCGGUUAGAAAUUUGCAGAGUUGAGGGAAGCUUGAAUUAUUUGAUUCAUGGUCGCAACUUUCGGUAGAGGGUAAUGAGCUUAUGCGGAGAAGUUCCCAAUUCUCUCCUCUGAGAAUAGUAUUAUUUGGUGGCUAUUUAUGAAUCUUGAAGAAGGAGUUCGUGUAGGUGAGAAUUUUUUGCUGGCGAUCUUCACUUCUGAAGGAUAAUAUAUUUGAAAUUUAGCUCGCUGCAGUAAUAUGGGUUGCAUAUGCUCCAAGACUUCAGCUGUGGAAGACAGCCGAGAAGGUUUGACAACGAAAUUGUCAUCGUUGAGCAAAAGGUCAUCGGAGCUGAAUGUUUCACGACUUAAUUCAUCAAAAAGGGAUGAGGGAGUUUGGACCAAAAAUGUGCUAGAUGGUAGAGAUGUAAAAGCUUCGUUGGUUAGUAAGAAACCCAACGGUUUGGUGAAGUUUUAUAAUGAUCAAAUUAGGGAGGAGAAAAUUGAGAAACCCGAACUUACCGUUCUUAAUCAUCCUGGUCUUGGUAAAGUACCAAACGCUACAGAAGGAGAACAAGUUGCGGCAGGAUGGCCAGCGUGGCUAUCUUCUGUUGCUGGUGAAGCGAUCAAGGGAUGGAUACCUCGGAGAGCUAAUACUUUUGAGAGGUUAUAUAAAAUUGGCCAAGGAACAUACAGUUCUGUUUAUAAGGCACGUGAUGUGACUUACCAAAAGACAGUUGCUUUGAAGAAAGUACGCUUUGAUAAUCUUGAUCCUGAGAGUGUCAAGUUUAUGGCAAGGGAAAUUUUUGUUCUGCGUUUGCUUGACCAUCCUAAUGUAAUAAAGUUAGAGGGCUUGAUAACAUCCCAGACAUCUCGUAGCUUGUACCUCAUUUUUGAGUACAUGGAACAUGAUCUUACAGGACUUGUUUCACAUCCUGGCAUUAAGUUUUCAGAGCCACAGAUUAAGUGCUACAUGCAGCAGCUUCUCAGUGGAUUGGAUCAUUGUCAUAGUCGUGGUGUCCUCCACCGAGACAUAAAGGGCUCAAAUCUUCUCAUUGACAAUAAUGGCAUCUUAAAGAUUGCAGAUUUUGGUUUGGCAAGCUUUUUUGACCCCCAUCACAGUGUUCCAUUGACCAGCCGAGUGGUAACUCUUUGGUAUAGGCCUCCAGAACUUAUACUCGGGGCAUCUCAUUAUGGUGUUGCAGUGGAUUUGUGGAGUACUGGUUGUAUACUGGGGGAACUAUAUUCUGGCAGGCCCAUAUUGCCCGGAAAGACAGAGGUUGAGCAAUUACAUAGGAUUUUUAAGCUUUGUGGUUCACCAUCUGAAGAUUACUGGCUUAAAUUGCGGUCACCACAUUCAACAGUAUUCAAGCCUCCACACCAUUAUAGACGUUGUGUUGCUGAAACAUUCCAGGAAUAUCCACCUCCUUCUGUGAGGCUAUUAGAGACUCUACUUUCCAUAGAUCCUGCACAUCGAGGAACUGCAGCUACUGCUUUACAAAGCGAGUUCUUUACCAUGGAACCCCUUGCUUGUGAUCCUUCAAGUUUACCAAAAUAUCCUCCCAGCAAAGAGAUUGAUGCUAAGUUGCGAGAUGAAGCAACCAGAAGGCAAAGAGCUGUUGGUGUGAGGGAGCUGAAAGUCGGCAUGGGAGUUAGACCAGAAAAGGGACAUCGAGCGCUUGCAGCAAAUAACAAUGCUGACCCACGCAUGUCAAUGCAGCAAGGACGUCAUUCUAGCUCAAGGAGUCGAAGCGAAUUGUUCAAUCCUUCCAGAGAAUCUGCUUCUGGGUUGUUGGUUUUUCCACACAAGCAGUCAGACAAUGUCAAGGAAAUGGAAAAUAAUUUCUCUGGGUACAGGAUCUCUUCACAUUCAGGUCCAUUGGUUCAGGGUCCUGCCUGGAUAAAGGUUGGGAAGGACGUGGAUGAGGGCCAUCUUGGGUCAAACGGAGUCAAUCUUUCAAAACUAUCAGGUUUAGUUGCAUCUAGGACUUCAAUGUCUGAAGAUCAGGAAGAAAAAUCACAUUUAUCACAGCCCGGAAAAAGAGUUGAGACACGAAAACCUGUGGAGUCAACUAGUGGAUCGGAGUUAAGAAGAAGACAGGCCCAGAAACACCAGUCUCAGCGAAUUGAUCUCUGUCACGGAGAACAUGGAAGGACCCCCACUAAAGAAUUAACUCCGGAAGGGUAUGGCGGGGGAAACAAGAUCUAUCUCUCGGGUCCAUUGAUGGUAUCAUCAAACAACAUGGAUCAGAUGCUUAAAGAGCAUGAUCGAAAGAUCCAGGAAUUUUCAAGACGAGCUAGAGUUGACAAGUCAAGAGGCGAAAAAGUUCAUUCAAAGUAAAAGUAGAUGCCAAUUAGUCAAAUACACACUUUAAUUCUAGUAAUAAAGCUGGGUAAGUAAUUCAUGACUACACUGUUCAUCUUCCAUCCUCAUCGAGAGGAAGAGGGGGAAGAGAGCCCCGUUGUAAUGUAUAUAAUGUAUAUUAAGCCUUCCGUAUCAAAGAAAUUGUUUCUUCCUUCCA